CCGAGCUUCAGAGGCUAGACACGAUCCAGAGAGAAAGAGAGAGAAAACCAUGGCGAAAGCUUGCGAAGUGAGGAGGAUGAAGCUGGGAAGCCAAGGCCUUGAGGUCUCGGCUCAGGGCCUCGGUUGCAUGGGGAUUUCCUCUUUCUACGGUCCUUCCAAGCCCGAAAGUGACGCCAUCGCUCUUCUCCACCACGCCAUUGAUUCCGGCGUUACGUUCUUCGAUACCUCCGACGUCUACGGUCCUGAGACCAACGAGUUUCUCCUCGGCAAGGCUCUUAAGUAUGAUGGAGUGAGGGAGAGAGUGGAGCUUGCGACCAAGUUUGGAGCCACUUAUGCAGAGGGGAAGAGAGAGGUGAGAGGAGAUCCUGCCUACGUGAGGGUUUCUUGUGAAGCAAGUUUAAAGAGGCUUGAUGUUGCCUGCAUUGAUCUCUAUUAUCAGCAUCGGGUUGAUACCCGUGUCCCUAUCGAGAUCACUAUGGGAGAACUGAAGAAGCUAGUUGAAGAAGGUAAGAUAAAGUACAUCGGUUUGUCUGAAGCCUCUGCCUCAACUAUCAGAAGAGCACAUGCUGUUCACCCAGUCACUGCAGUGCAGCUAGAGUGGUCUUUGUGGACGAGAGACGUGGAAGAAGAUAUUGUCCCGGCAUGCAGGGAACUUGGGAUAGGGAUUGUUUCCUACAGUCCUCUAGGAAGAGGCUUCUUCGCAUCAGGACCAAAGCUUGUUGAGAAUCUGGACAAUGAUGACUUCAGAAAGACUCUACCAAGAUUCCAACAGGAAAACUUAGACCACAACAAGAUUCUAUACGACAAGGUUUGUGCAAUGUCGGAGAAGAAAGGAUGCACUCCUGCACAACUAGCCCUGGCUUGGGUUCACCACCAGGGAGAUGAUGUUUGCCCCAUCCCAGGAACCACUAAGAUCGACAACCUCAAUCAGAACAUUGGAGCUUUAUCAGUGAAACUCACUCCAGAAGAGAUGUCUGAGCUCGAGACCAUCGGACAGCCAGAGUCUGUAAAAGGAGAAAGAUACACGGCCAUGGUCCCCACCUUUAAGAACUCAGAUACUCCACCGUUGUCUUCUUGGAAAGCCACCGUUUGAGAGCUCCUCUGGUUCUGGUAAUAAUAUGUUGAAGUUGUGAUAAAUUAAUUAAUUAAAUGACGUUGUAAUAAUGUGUAGUUACCCCAAUACGAGAUAGGUAAUAAUAUGUUGAAGUUGUUGUGCUGCACUUAUGCAUAUGAGC